AUGGCGGAAUACAUUGGCGAUGACAAGCCGACGUUCUUCGACACCAAGUAUGCUGUCGACAGCAAGUACCCAGAAGAUAAUUUACACCAGAUUAUCACCACCGCCGAUGGCGAGAUUGCUGAGAACACUGACCACCUCCACCGCCGUCUCAACAACCGUCAGAUCCAAUUGAUUGCCAUCGGUGGCAGUAUCGGCACUGCGCUCUUCGUUAGUAUCGGUUCGGCCCUCGCACACGGCGGUCCCGGCAGCCUCUUCAUCGCCUAUGCCGUCUACGCCUGCUUCCUCGCCCUCGUCUGCAACGGUACCGCCGAGCUCACCAUCCUAUACCCUCUAUCUGGAGGCUUCGUCCGACAUGCUGGUCACUUCGUCGACAAGGCAUGGGGAUUUAUGGCUGGUUGGAACUUCUUCUUAUACGAGGGACUGAUCAUUCCUUUCGAAAUCACCGCCCUGACCACCGUUCUUGGCUUCUGGUCUGACGACAUACCACCAUGGGCUAUUCCAAUUGCCUGCAUAGUGUUGUAUGGCCUGAUAAACAUCCUUGCUGUGCGAGCGUACGGAGAAGCCGAGUUUUGGCUCUCUGGCGGCAAGGUCAUCCUUAUCUUCAUUCUCUUUGCCUUCACGUUCAUCACGAUGGUUGGCGGAAAUCCGAAGCACGACGCAUAUGGGUUCCGCUAUUGGCGCAACCCAGGGGCUUUUGCUGAGCAUCGAUCAACGGGCUCUCUCGGACAGUUCGAGGGCUUCCUAGCAUGCCUCUGGUCGGCGUCAUUCUGUAUCGUUGGCCCAGAGUAUCUGUCAAUGGUUGCAGCCGAAGCCAAGCGACCUCGCGUCUAUAUCAAGGCAGCCUUCAAGACUAUCUACUGGCGAUUCCUCCUAUUCUUCGUUGGAGGUGCUCUCUGUGCUGGAAUUGUCGUCGCCUACAACGACCCAACCCUUGUCGGUAUCGUUUCCGGUGACCUCUCCGGUGGCGGCACUGCUGCUGCCUCGCCAUAUGUCAUUGCCAUGGAUAACCUCAGAAUCCACGGUCUCCAGCACCUCGUCAACGCCCUUCUCGUCACCUCUAUUUUCAGUGCCGGCAACACAUACACCUACUGCGCAUCUCGAUCGCUCUACAGUAUGGCUUUGGAAGGCCGUGCCCCACGUGUCCUCACCUACUGCAUCAAGAAGGGGCCAAUGGCCGGCGUGCCAAUCUUGUGCUUGGCUGUCACCAUGGUCUUCCCCUGCCUCUCGUUCCUCCAGGUCAGCAAUGGCUCCGCCAAGGUCCUGAACUGGCUCAUCAACCUCGUCACUGCCGGAGGUGUCAUCACCUACGUCGUGAUGUGCGUCAACUACAUCUUCUUCUACCGGGCAACUCAGGCACAGGGGUUGGACCGCAAGACCCUCCCAUACUGUGGCUGGUUCCAGCCAUAUUCUGCAUGGAUCGGGCUUGGGUGGAUGAUCAUGAUUCACCGAGAACUGUUCAUUUACUACGCCAUGCUGAUUGUUGCAUUUGUGACUUUCACGGGCUGGAAACUGUGGCACCGAACCAAGUUUGUCAACCCAGCUGAAGUCGACUUGACCUGGGAGCGUCCAACAAUCGAUGCCUACGAGGCUACCUUCGUGGACCCCCCGCUUGGCUUCUGGAGGGAGAUGUUGCAGCUGGUCGGCAUUGGAAGGAAGAAGUUUGGCAAGGACCGCAGGAGGUCCAGUGUCAUUGAAUCAUGA